AUGAAUCAAAACGAUCUAUAUCUAAUUGAAGGAUUAAACUUUAUCAAAGGCAGAAAGACUCAAAUUUACAUCAUUCCAGAGCCCUUAGGAUUCAAACUAUUAGUAUUUAUUAACUUUAAUUUUUAGGACCCAUUGAAUUUGAGUUUCAAAUUAUUAGUAUAUUGGAGUGAUGAAAGUGUAAUAUUAGAUUGGAAUGAUUACAUUGAAGGAACUUGCUCUAAUGGAUUAUACUUUAGACUCAUUUAUUAAGGUGAAGAAUACAAAAUAGAGGGUACUGCUGAAUAACUGGACUAGUUGUAUAACUUUUGUUCUGGAAAGUUCAUUUUUAAAAAAAGUAAUAUCUUUAUAUAGAAUUCUGUCAUAGAGACAAAUUCAUAAUAUUAAGUAUAUAAAUAUGUUAAGUAAAGCUGUCCCUUAUAAAAAAUAUCAAAGAAAAUAAACAGUAUAUUGAGAAAAGAAUAUUUUCAAGCUUUAUUUCUCCAAGGAUGGAGAUGUCAAAUUCAUUUAAUACUUAAUUGGAGUAAGACAGAAUACCAGAGGAGGUGAGGAUCAUCUAAUUACUGAAUUCUUAAAAAUGUCCUUACAUUAUGAAAAUUGAAUCAAUCACUUUUGAUGGUGAUUACUAUUCUUUAAUCUACACAAACAAAAAUUUAAUAUCUUUAAAGUAGAUUUUAAAAAUACAAAAAAUGGGUUUGCCUCUUUCUUUUGUAAUUGAGAUUUUAGAAUAAUUGUUAAUUGGUAUGAUAUAAUUUUAUUGUUAGUUUUAAACAUUUUCCAUGAGCUUCAAAUAAUUCAUAAUGGUAUUAACUUGGAAAUGAUUAAUUAUUCCCUAGAAUCUAAUUAAAUUGUAAUUAGUAAUUUUUCUUCAUCCACUUUUGAAUGUAAUAAAGAAAUACCAAUGUAAAUAAUUAUCAUAAGUUUUAGAAAGGGAAAUACUAUAGGUUUUAUUCCUCCUGAGUAUUUAUCAAAUAAAUACCUGAUUUCACCUUUAGCUAAUAUAUUCCAAUUAGGCACACUUUUAUAUCAUCUGUAAUUAUUAUUAUUCAUAUCAUUAGGUUAUUUAAUCAAAAUCCUUUUGGUAAUGACCCAUAAACCAAGCUUUAAAACAAUAUUUUGGGUAAAUAUAAUAUCCUAAAUACAAAUAUUGAUAAGAAUAUCAUUGACUUACUCAAAUCUAUGAUGCAAACAAAUCCUCAAAAGAGAAAAACACCUAAAGAAUAUUUGUGCUCAAAGAUUUUUAAACCUUAAUAUCGAUCUAAGAUUUCUAAAAAUUCAUUCUUAUCGUUUCUUCUCGAUAAUCAUCUUUCGAAAAUCGAAGAAUUUGAAGUGGAGAAUGAAAAUCCUAUCAUUCAAAACAUUAAAUCUCUAUCUAUUAAUAAAAAAAAGAAUUGA